UGUGCGCGCGUGUCCGCCACGGGGAGAGGAGCGCACUCGGGGGGUUGCGGUCCCAUUGACUGUGUUCCAUCUCCCUGACAGCAGCAUCAGCAGCCUUAGCAGCAGCAGGGGUAGCAAAGAGCACAGCGCAGCCCGGACUCCGCCUAUAACCGACACCAAUCCCACAAACGUGAACCUAGCGGCGGAGGCACUGCACAGCAGCCAAACCCAGGCGUCGCUCAUUUACUCUACAUCAUUUCCCCGUUAACAUGGGCUGCCAAUAAUUGGGGAGAAACAGGGACGCCGACUUCAAACAAAAGCACAACGCUGGCGCACGCCACCAUGACAGCCUUGCACUAUUUCCGAGAGCUGCUGCUCUGUCCGCGGACAACGUUGUAAUGUAAAAGUAGACUCGAGUGAGGUGUUUUAUUUUUUUAGUUUUGUUUUUUUAUUUUUAUUUUUUGCACUAGCAGCAACAACAAAAAGGCAAGCUAAGGAGGGGAGAACAUGUCUGCUUCUCUGGGGCCCCGCGGCCCUCGCCCACCUACCGCGCCUCCUUCGAUGCAAGAUUUACCAGACCUGAGCCAUCUGACGGAGGAAGAAAGAAAAAUUAUAAUGGCUGUGAUGGUUAGACAGAAGGAAGAAGAGGAAAAAGAAGAAGCCAUGUUAAAAUUGCACCAACAAUUUGAAAGCUACAAAGAACAAGUGAGGAAAAUUGGAGAAGAUGCUCGACGGUAUCAAGGAGAGCACAAGGAUGAUGCUCCAACGUGUGGAAUUUGUCGGAAAACAAAGUUUGCUGAUGGCUGUGGCCAUAUAUGCUCAUAUUGUCAGAGGAAAUUCUGUGCCAGGUGUGGAGGCCGUGUGUCUCUCCGCUCCAACAGCGUUAUGUGGGUAUGCAAUUUAUGUCGUAAACAACAAGAAAUUCUAAAACAAUCAGGAGAGUGGUUUUUUGGAAGAGGUCCACAACCAUCCAGUCAGGAUGGCGCUUUAAGUGAUACUGCAACAUGUGGUGAUGCACCUAGAGAAAAGAAGGUCCGGUCAAGGUCUCAAACCCCCUUAAGCACUGCAGCAGGGUCUCAGGAGGCUCUUAAACCCAUUGUCCUCACUGAUAGAAGCAAGGGGCAGGAGAGCAUGCAGCAAACCAUGUCUUCUUCCAGGUCAAGGAGUGAACCACCGAGGGAGAGGAAAAAGCCCUUACUAACUACAGAACAGAAUGGAAAAGGAGGUCAAAAGAAUGAAAGAAAACGUACUCCAAAGACUGUCACUCAGCAGACUGAUAAGCAGAAUGAGGACAGAGAAGACAAGAAUCAUAAUGAGAACAGACAUUUGGGGAAAGCUAGAUUACAGGAUCAUCAAAAUGCCAAUGAGGAAAGUAAAAAAGUUGAGCAAGAGAGACAAAGAAAAGAGGAAGAGUUUCAAACACGGUACCGUAGUGACCCUAAUUUAGCCAGAUAUCCUGUUAAGCCUCACCCUGAAGAGCAGCAAAUGCUCAUUCAUGCGAAAGUAUCCAAAGCACGGCAUGAGAGAAGGCAUAGCGAUGUUGCUUUGGCAAAUGCAGAGUUGGACAAGUCAGAAGUUCCAGAGAACCGAUUGGCAAAAAGGUCUCAAAUGAAAGGGACAGAAGAGCGAAAGUCACCAAUGGAAAAUCAAAGAUCUUACUCAAUUGAAAGAACUGGGGAUAUUCAAAUUUCUGUUACUAAACAAGUUUCAAAUCACAGUCCACCUACACAAAGAUGUUCAAUCCAGCAUUCUGAAUCAAAGGACCAGGACUGGAGUAAAAAACAUUUGCAUCUAGAUCCAAGUUCUGCUGCUAUGAUUCGUAAAACCAAAAGGGAAAAAAUGGAAAGCAUGUUGAGGAAUGAUUCUCUUAGUUCGGACCAGUCUGAAUCACUGAGGCCUCCCCCACCCAAGCCUUACAAAACUAAAAGGGGCAAUAUAAGGCAGAUGUCAGUCAGUAGCUCAGAAGAGGAAGGUGGAUCGACACCUGAGUACACAAGCUGUGAAGAUGUAGAAAUUGAAAGUGAAAGCGUCAGUGAAAAAGGUGAUUGGGACUGUUUCCCUUUGGACCCUGCCAUCUGGCAUGUAAGUGAGACUUCACCAAUCAGUUCGCAUCCUGUUACCUGGCAACCAUCCAAAGAAGGUGAUCAUUUAAUUGGUCGGAUUAUUCUAAGCAAGAGGACAACUAUGCCUAAAGAAUCAGGAGCACUGCUAGGAUUAAAAGUUGUCGGGGGAAAAAUUACAGAAAGUGGACAACUUGGUGCCUUCAUCACUAAAGUUAAGAAAGGAAGUUUAGCAGAUGUUGUAGGCCAUUUAAGAGCAGGUGAUGAGGUGCUGCAGUGGAAUGGCAAGUCAUUACCUGGGGCAACAAAGAAAGAAGUUUACAAUAUCAUUUUGGAGUCCAAGUCUGAGCCUCAAGUUGAAAUAGUAGUUUCAAGACCUAUUGGGGAUAUUCCAAGAAUUCCUGAAACUUCCCAUCCUCCACUAGAAUCCAGUUCGAGUUCAUUUGAGUCUCAGAAAAUGGAGAGACCGUCAAUUUCUGUUAUCUCUCCAACUAGUCCUGGAACACUAAGAGAUGCACCUCAAGUACUACCUGGACAACUGUCAGUAAAAUUAUGGUAUGACAAAGUUGGACACCAGCUAAUAGUAAAUGUACUACAAGCAACAGACCUUCCGGCUAGGCCGGAUGGGAGGCCAAGGAAUCCAUAUGUAAAAAUGUAUUUUCUUCCAGAUAGAAGUGACAAGAGUAAAAGAAGGACCAAAACAGUAAAGAAAAGCUCAGAACCUAAAUGGAAUCAAACUUUUCUAUAUUCCCAUGUGCAUCGGAGAGACUUCCGGGAACGAAUGUUAGAAAUCACUGUCUGGGACCAACCAAGGAUACAAGAAGAAGAAAGUGACUUUCUUGGAGAGAUUCUAAUUGAACUGGAGACUGCCCUAUUAGAUGAUGAGCCACACUGGUAUAAACUUCAAACACAUGAUGUAUCUUCACUACCUCUGCCUCAGCCAUCACCGUACUUGCCACGGAGGCAUGCACGUGGGGAAAGCCCAUGCAAAAAAUUACAAAGAUCUCAGCGAAUUGGUGAUAGUGAUAUCUCAGAUUAUGAUGUCGAUGAUGGUAUUGGAGUAGUGUCAACAGCAGUAGAGUAUAGGUCUCAUGGUAGAGAAAAUAAAUCCACAACACUUACUGUGCCAGAACAACAGAGAACAACACAUCAUCGCUCUCGAUCUGUUUCUCCUCACCGAGGUGAUGACCAGGGCAGGACCCGGUCACAGUUACCAUGUGUGCCACUGCAGAGGAGUUUAGAUGAAAUUCAUCAAUCAAGACGAUCACGCUCACCAACUAGAAACCAUGAUGCCUCUAGAAGUCCAAAAGAUCGUAGGUCUAAAGAUAUGGACAGUCAGUAUUAUGCAGAGGAAAGUGAGUUCCUCAUGCUACCCAGAGCAAAGAGAGGGAGAAGUGCAGAAUGCCUGCAUACUACCAGGAACACACUUUGGUACAGUAAAACAUUACCUCCCCGGAUGCCACUUUUAGUAAAUGGAAUUCACAAAAACAUAUACAGCUCCACUUUGCCUGCAUGUUUAAAGACCAAAUCUUUGCUUAGACAGCAUAUACCUGAACAGAGACAAUCAUCAUCUCCGAGAAUUUUGAGAUUUACUGACCGAAAAACUAUUAGUGAUCUACAGCCUUCUCUUGACAGGGUUAGAAGUGCUAGUACCAACUGUUUGAGACCAGAUACUAGUUUCCAUUCACCAGAACGAGAAAGCAGGAAUAGAUGUUCUCAAUCACUGGAUAGGAGACGGCCUACUAGCCCCAGGAUUUAUAUCCAGCAUGCUUCCCCAGAAGAUGACAGCUGGACGGUGGAGCCUGUUGUUCCAAAACAGGAGACUGUAAAUCAUCUUAGUGCUAAACCCAGAGCAGCUCAGAGGCAGUCAAGAACACUGGAAAGAUGUAACAUCCAAAAACAGAGUAAAAAGUACACUGCAACAGACAAUGAAAGUAGAGCACAUCAGCAUGGCAGCCCCACUCAGUCCCCUCCAACAGGAACUCCUGCUUCAGGCCGCAGGGGAAGACAACUUCCACAGGUCCCUAUUAAGAGCAGCAGCAUUGAACAAGCUCUUGCAGUGGAAGAAAGAGCAAGACAGAUGAAAAUGAAGGUUCAUGCUUACAAAUCAUCCACAAUGUCUAGCUCAAGUCAAGAACUGGAACACGAGGUCAAGAUGAAACGUGAGUUAUAUAAAGAUAAGCACAGAAGCUGUGACAAUGUAUCUACAAAAUCAUCAGACAGCGACAUUAGUGAUGUGUCGGCCAUUUCUCGUACCAGCAGUGCCUCUCGCCUAAGUAGCACCAGCUACAUGUCAGUACAAUCCGAACGUCCACAGGGCAGAAUCAGGUCAAAAUCCUUAGAAAGCUACAAAGGUGAGGAGAAAAGAGAGAGAAGGAUAUCGUGGGAAUUAAAUGACAAGGGCCAGGAGAAGCAUGCGAGGGAAAAAAACAUCCCAGAAGAUCUGAGGAAGAGGCGGCAUUCAGUUGCUGGUGAUUUGAGCAGACAGAUGAGGACAUCAGGGAGAAACAUGCUGAAGAGCACCAGUGUGAGUGGAGAGAUGUACAACUUGGAGAGGAACGAUGGAAGUCAGUCAGACACAGCAAUUGGAACCGUGGGAACAGGAGGAAAGAAACGCCGUUCCAGCCUGAGUGCCCGAGUGGUGGCAAUUGUCGGCCUGCCAUCACGGCGAAGUAGAAGCACAUCUCAGCUUAGUCAGACAGAAGCUGCCAACAAGAAGUUGAAAAGUACCAUUCAAAGAAGCACAGAGACAGGGAUGGCAGUGGAGAUGAGAAAUCGAAUGGUCCGCCAGCCAAGCCGUGAGUCCACCGAUGGAAGUAUGAACAGCUAUAGCUCGGAGGGGAAUUUGAUAUUUUCUGGAGUAAGGUUGGGAGCAGACAGCCAAUUUAGUGAUUUUUUGGAUGGGCUUGGACCUGCACAGCUUGUUGGAAGACAGACCCUUGCUACCCCUGCUAUGGGUGAUAUUCAGAUUGGUAUGAUGGAUAAGAAGGGGCAGUUAGAAGUUGAAGUCAUAAGAGCUCGAGGUCUCACAUCAAAACCAGGGUCAAAAUCUCUCCCCGCUCCCUAUGUCAAGGUUUACCUCCUAGAGAAUGGAGCAUGUAUAGCCAAAAAGAAAACAAAGAUUGCACGAAAAACACUUGACCCUCUAUAUCAGCAGUCACUACUUUUUGAUGAGAGUCCACAGGGUAAAGUGCUUCAGGUGAUAGUCUGGGGAGACUAUGGCCGUAUGGACCACAAGUGUUUUAUGGGAGUCGCACAAAUCCUAUUGGAAGAGUUAGACUUGUCUAGUAUGGUGAUUGGCUGGUACAAACUGUUCCCACCCUCCUCCCUUGUGGAUCCCACAUUAGCACCUCUGACCCGCAGGGCUUCCCAGUCAUCUCUUGAAAGUUCAACAGGACCUCCGUGCAUAAGGUCAUAGUGGCCAGGCAGAAGAUUCGGGCCAAUUCUGAACUAAGGAACUGGGAAACAAUCAGAACCAGAAGUAGAAAGGAUCAAAGCUUUGUUGGAGCCAGACAAUCAAUCUUGUUUUUUGCCAGUAGUACAUUUUUCUUCAAAAAAAAUUAAAAUGGGGCUGUUAUAAGUAAAACAAAUAUCACAAAACUGCUUUCAAUUGGCAGAAUCAUGCACCCGUUUAAAUGACAAAAAAAUUAACUAAGUUAGCAUCCAUGCAGUUUUGGGAUAGUUACAAGCAAAGCAACAAAAUACACUGUUACAUGAAGCAAUUCAAAUAAACUGGAGUGUUUAUGACUUCAUUACAAAUGAAAAACAAAAGCCACACUUUCCUCCAACCUUAAGCAGUGUUACAUUACUGAGGUUAUGUGCCUGUCUUCUGCACUUCCUCUGUAAUGCUGGCGGAGUCCCAUACCAAGGACUUUUUUUAAAGCAGUUAAGAAGUGCUAUAAGAGUGAGCUGACGUGGUGCUCUAAAGCACUGGCAACUGCACUUCUGGUUCCUCCAUCAAAAAUAGAAUCCCUGUUUACAGCGACUCUCACUGCUGUUCCUUUCUUAAAUUCUUUUUGUAUACAGGCACACAACUGCAUUAUGAGUAAAGGUUUUAUGUUCUCUGUUUUGCAUGAAAGAAACCUAUUUCUUAAGCAGUCUCUUGACACCAAGAGCUGAGGACUGUUAAAAGCAGCUUCAGACUUAAGUUUGAUGGUACAUCGUUAACUUGUUUUCUUCCUGCAAUUCUACAGAAUUGAAUUUUAUGUGUAUAAAUGUAUAUUUGAUUUCCUGAGAUGUUGACCAAUAAAGGGGGUUUGGUAAUAGGGCACUUUGAGCUGCCCCCAGAGCCUCCCAGAUACAGUUAAGUGUGUCUUUUGACACUUUUUUUUUUUAGCCCUGGACAGAGCAAGGUACAACUUGUUGGAUUUCACUGAAAGUUCUGGUGGAAUGACCUGCACACAUCCAGUGUUUGUUUUAUUUUUAUUAAACUUACAUUUUGCAUUAUUUUAAGAUUAAUGCAAGCACAAAAUGCUUGAUUUUUUUACUGCAAAAAAAUUUUGGAAAAUGAAGCCAAAUUUAAAGUUUGCUUUUUAUCCAUUUCAUUUACACUGCCUUGAUUUAAAAAAGAACAAAAAGAGCAAAUAAAAACACUACCCUUACAGAACUUCUGUAAAUGUGAUAAAACACACAUGCCCACACCCGCACAAGCUGCAAUCUGAGCAGGUGCAAUUCGAAAUUUCUUUCUCAUCCUUAAAUGGGCCAUUUUCUUUUAAGAACAACAAGUAGUGCAGCAUGACUCUUGAACUGUUCAAAGCUGCAUGCACAUUUUGUAAAACAGAAACAAAAGAAAACAAAAAAGGUUAUUUAAAUAAAUGUGUGUUAGUUCCACAUAGGCCAGCUUGUAUGUUGCAUGUACUUGUACAGUUUGCUCGUACUUAAUAUAAAAAGAUAACCAAGAAACUGAAGCCAUUCAUUUUUGCAUAUAGACAUUUUGCAGAUUUUUUGUGCUCCAGCCUGUGUCUCAGUCUGGUGCUAAAUGUCUAUAUAGCGAUUUAUUUUUUACCCUAUGGAAAAAGUGAUGUAGUACAGACCAAAAUCCUUCCAAUAAAUACUUUGGUGUAGAUUUCUCCUGUGGGACAGAUGUAGAAACUGUGUACAAACAAGAUUUCGAUUGAGAUAUAUAUAUAUAUAUAUAUAUAUAUAUAUAUAUAUAUAUAUAUAUAUAUAUAUAUAUAUAAAAAAUAGAUAUAUAUAUUAUAAAUAAAUAUACUGGCUGCACCUAGCUAUUAUCUGUUAAUAAACAGGCAAGGUCUAAUUUGCCAUGCAAUUCUUUCGGCUAAUAAGGUAGAUCUCUGCUCGACCUGCUGAGCAGGAAGAAUGAAAGUGUUGGUGCACUACAUUAUUAUUAUUAUUAGAUAUUAUUGUUUUAGUGUAACAAUGGCCAAAUUUAACUACUGGUAAUUGGAUGGUAUAUUUCUACUGAAAUCAGUUGUCUGAACAUUCCCCUGUGCUUCUAAAUGAAUUUCCAAAUCAUGUCAUGUAAACAUGUUUAAUAAAGUUUACUUUCCAUGUCCAGUAAGCCUGACUUGUUUACUUUGUCAGUAUUAAAAGUAAAAUGCUGAUGGUUUACAAUUAUGUGUUUCACCUAGAAAAUGAAAAUAUUCAAUUGCACCUUUUCCUCUUUGUAUUACAGAUGUGGCUCCAAUGACUCGUGUAUGUUUUAUUAAAAAAAAGAAAAUUUCUUUACAUAUAUUGUUACUAGUUACUUUUUAUGAUCUACAAAUAAAAGAAUGUGUGGAAGACUAA